UUUACUUCCCAACCAAGACUUGAAAGUUGAAAUUUUGCAUUGAGAAUUCAUCCCAACUACAUUUAUAUAUACAGAGGACUGCACUCUACUGCUCAUCACCACAAAGCUAAGAAAAAAUUCAUCAGAUAGAGUUGAGAUUUCCUUAUAAAGAUGAUGCAGCCACAGCUCCUUCACCCCUCCUGGCCAUCCUCUUAUAACGUCGAUUACUCAACUCACCCUCGAACUAGGUUGUACGGUUCACAUGAAGAUUCCUAUGUAAGAGACAACUAUACUCACUCUACACUGGUCUCAGACUUUACGGCCUUGUUUCCAGAUGUGUUUACUGAACUUUCAAGUUUGCAAAAUGAUAUGCAAAUACUCUCCUCGCUCCCAGAGGGUGAGGAUCCAGUGCCUUGUGAGUUUGAGGAUGUUUGCAAGUGGCUAAACAUUAGUGACAGCGAAUGGAGUCCUAGCCUUUCGGUUGUAUCUUCUGAGGCUUCGUUUUCGAUUGCUCAAUCAUCUAUAUUUCCAGGGAGUGGAGUGGAAGUAGACACUCAAUUGAGCCUUCAUCACUUGCUGGGGGCUUAUGCAGAGGCCAUGGAAAACGGGCACGAGGAACUUGCAGAGGUUAUUGUGAAGCGUAUAAGGGGAAAGGCGAGUCCUUUGGGCGAAACGCUGGAGCGUAUUGCACACAGCCUAUUCGAAUCCAAUAAAGAAGAUCAAGAAGGUUACCUAAGACAAGAAUCAAUCAAGAACUUUGAGCAAGCAUUCAGGGCAUUCUACCAAAUUCUCCCAUGUGGGAGAUUUGCUCACUUUGCUGCUAACUCAGCCAUUCUUGAAGCCUUGCCAAAUGAUGCCGAAACAGUUCACAUAAUAGAUUUCGAUAUGGGAGAAGGGGUUCAAUGGCCUCCGGUGAUCGAAGCCAUGGCUAAAAAAAGAAGGGCUUUAAGACUCACAUCCAUAAAAACCAACCAUGAAUCCCCCAGCAAUCAAUGGAGAUAUGAGGAGACAAAGAGAAGGCUUUAUGAUCACGCAAAGCCAUUCGGCCUAAACCUGCAGAUCGAGGAAACGAGCAUCGAGGAACUAGCCAUCGAAACGAAAAGGACAAAGAAGAAAGAAUGGUUGGCUUUCAACUGCAUGUUUAGGCUCCCACACAUGGCAACAAACAUGCCACAAACAAGUUCUCGAGCCAUGGAGUUCCUAAAGAUAGCUAAGCAACUUUUAGCCCAUAAUUCUGAAACCCAAACCGGAAUCAUCGUUUUCGCCCAUGGAGAAUCAGAGGGCUGCAACACUUCAAACUACACCUCUUUCUUUAACAAGAAACUAGUACACUACAAGUCCCUUUUGGAAUCAAUUGAAUGGCACUUCCCAGCUAUUCUCUCAGAAGCAAGAAUUGCCUUGGAGAGUAUAUUUCUAGCACCUUGUAUUAACUCUGAAUCUUGGUACCAAGACUGGGAGCAAAACAAGAUUAGACUAACUUGUGAUUUUCUGCCACAAACACUAAGCAGAGAGAAUUUAGUUGAAGCAAAAGAAUUAGUGGGAGAAAGGGAGAGUCCAUACAGAGUCAGCAUUGAAGAACAGAAACAAAAUGAGAUGAUCUUGGAAUGGAGAGGAACACCACUGAUCAGAGUCUCAACCUGGAUGUAAAUUAGAAGACAAGAAUCUCGGGCAAACAGACAACAUAGGAACGCACAAAAUUAUUUCUUUAUUUUAUUGGGAUUUUGUAAAGAGAUGAAUCCUAUACUAUACAUUAUUUUAUCCUAGUGUAUAUGUCUUUGCAUAGAUUGGAUUAUGUUAGUAGCAUAGGGAGACACUGUAAAGACCAAUAGUACAUAUUAUUAAAAUAAAUUAUUUUUAUUAUAUUUGUU